UCGAUCCCAGAUCUCAGGCAAGGCAGAGCAAUGUUUUCAUGCCUGCUGACGACCUGCGCUAGUCACUGCCAUGGCGCCCGUAAUGUCGCUGAUUAAGGAGGGGACAUCGUAGCAUCGUGUUUUAAUUCGCUUUGGUGGAGAUUAUCACGCGCGUUGUGCUACUCCUGGUUUGAAUUUAAUAACAUUUAUCUUUGAACCCGCCAUGACCGUGGAGCAGAAUGUCCUCCAGCAGCAUUCUCAGAAGGUGUAACUUCCCUCACACUUCACUGACCUCGCCAUCCUCCGUGCCAACAAACCUGCAUCCAUCAGUCUCUGACAGUGACCAACACACACUGGCAUCUUCAUGUUUACUUGUCUCCAGUGGUUGAAACAUGGCAAAAUGUAAAACUGUUCACCAGCAGACGCUACUAAACCAGUUGCGGGAGGUCACAGGCACCACAGACAUUCAGCUGCUUCAGCAGGCCCUGCAGGUGAGCAAUGGAGAUCUGGCCGAGGCUGUGGCCUUUCUGACAGAGAAGAAUGCUAAGGUUCCUCAGCAAGAUGAGACAACCUACUACCAGACAUCCCAGGUGGCCAGCGACAGAUACAUCAGCGUGGGCAGCCAGGCAGACACAAAUGUGAUUGACCUGACCGGGGACGAUAAAGAUGACCUGCAGAGGGCUAUUGCCCUCAGCCUUGAGGAGUCCAACCGGGCCUUCAGGGAGACGGGCAUCACCGAUGAGGAGCAGGCCAUCAGCAGAGUUUUGGAGGCCAGCAUAGCAGAAAACAAGGCAAGUCUGAAACGUACCCACACAGAAGUAUGGAGCGAUUCACCCAACCCACACGACAGGAAGAGGAUAGACAACUGCCCCGUGGGGCUGAAAAAUGUUGGCAAUACCUGCUGGUUCAGUGCUGUCAUACAGUCUCUGUUCAACUUGCUGGAGUUCCAGAGACUGGUGCUCCACUACUCACCGCCAGCCAGAGUUCACGACCUGCCUCGCAACCAGAAGGAGCACAGGAACCUGCCCUUCAUGCAGGAGCUGAGGAACCUCUUCUCCCUCAUGGUGGGGUCCAAGAGGAAAUAUGUGGAUCCGUCACGAGCUGUGGAAAUUCUCAAGGACGCCUUCAAGUCCAGUGAGUCACAGCAGCAGGACGUGAGUGAGUUCACCCACAAGCUGCUGGACUGGCUGGAGGACGCCUUCCAGAUGAAGGCUGAAGAAGACCGGGAGGGCGAAAAGCCAAAGAACCCUAUGGUGGAGCUUUUCUACGGCCGCUUCCUUGCUGUGGGUGUCCUGGAAGGUAAAAAAUUUGAAAACACAGAGAUGUUUGGGCAGUACCCUCUGCAGGUGAAUGGCUUCAAGGAUCUCCACGAAUGUCUUGAGGCAGCAAUGAUCGAGGGCGAGAUCGAGUCCCUGCACUCAGCAGAGAACUCGGCCAGGUCUGGACAAGAGCACUGGUUCACAGAACUCCCUCCUGUGUUGACCUUUGAACUGUCAAGAUUUGAAUUUAACCAAGCACUGGGACGGCCUGAGAAGAUCCACAACAAGCUUGAGUUCCCCUCUAUGCUCUACAUGGACAGGUACAUGGACAGGAACAGGGAAAUAACCAGGAUCAAGAGGGAGGAGAUCAGGAGGCUGAAAGAGCACCUGACACUGCUUCAACAGCGACUGGAGAGGUAUCUGAGUUAUGGCUCCGGCCCCAAGAGGUUUCCUCUGGCAGAUGUCCUCCAGUAUGCCAUGGAGUUCGCCUCCAGUAAGCCAGUGUGCACCUCCCCAGUGGAAGACAUUGACGCAUCAGCGCCCCCCGGUGGCACAACAGGACAACAGCUGCCCCCACCAAGCACAGCCGAGCAGGACUCCUCGCCUCCCCUAGAGAGCUCAGGUCCUGCCCCCGGUCCCACCACAGCUUCCAAUGUAGCUCAGCAGCAGAGAGUACCCAUUCACAAGCCCUUCACCCAGUCCCGGCUACCUCCUGACCUCCCCAUGCACCCUGCCCCGCGCCACAUCACUGAAGAAGAGUUGAGGGUGCUUGAGGGCUGCUUGCAUCGCUGGAGGAGUGAAGUGGAAAACGACACCCGUGAUCUGCAGGGAAGUAUAACCAGAAUCCACAGAACCAUUGAGCUAAUGUACGCUGACAAAUCGAUGAUGCAGGUUCCGUACCGGCUUCAUGCGGUGCUGGUCCAUGAAGGCCAGGCUAAUGCAGGCCACUACUGGGCUUACAUCUAUGACCCACAUCAGCGUUGCUGGAUGAAGUACAACGACAUCUCUGUCACCAAGUCGUCCUGGGAGGAGCUAGUCAGGGACUCGUUCGGAGGCUACCGCAACGCCAGUGCCUACUGUCUCAUGUAUAUCAAUGACAAGAAGCCCUUCCUCAUAGAAGAGGAGUUUGAUAAAGAAACGGGACAGAUACUCAGCGGCAUGGACAAACUGCCUCCAGACCUGAAGCAUUUUGUGAAGGAGGACAACGAGCUGUUCGACAAGGAGAUUGAGGAGUGGGAUGCCCUGCAGGCCCGCAAGGCCCAGCAGGAGAAGCUGGCCCUGGCCACGGCAGCCGCAGCUGCCUCGGCAGCAUCCAGCACCUCCACUUCUUCCUCUUCUCCUCAGCCCAUGAGUAUUGAGUCCAGCCCUCCGGACAACGCAGUGCCCCAGCAGGACCCUGAGUACAUGGAGCAGCCAUCCCCCACAAAUGACUCCAAGCACCUGCAGGAGGACACCGAGCGGGCCAUCUCCAGGGCCGCUGCUGAACAGGAGGAGAGAAGCCCCGAAGCAUUGUUAAAUGCUUCUCUCCCCCCUCCCACCUCCCCUGAGCCUGAGGUCCAGGUGAGCACCCCCUCCACCCCUCCUCCUGACCUGGUCACGGAGGAUGAGUCCCCUGGCCAGCGCACGGUAGAGGUGGCCAUUCCCAAUGUGGGGACCUUUGUCAUUGAGUCAGAAGAGGGGGGGUAUGAUGACGAGGCAAUGAUGACCCCCAACAUGCAGGGUAUAAUUAUGGCCAUUGGCAAAUCCAGCAGCGUAUAUGAAAAGAAUGGGCCUGAGGCAGCCUUUUUUAAGGCCAUAAAGCUGGAGUAUGCUCGUCUUCUGAGAUUUGCACAAGAGGACACAUCUCCUGAGACUGACUACCGGCUACAGCACAUCAUCGUCUACUUCAUCCAAAACCAGGCGCCCAAGAAGAUUUUGGAGAGGACUCUGCUCACACAGUUUGCUGACAGGAACCUGGCCUUCGAUGAGAGAUGUAAGAGCAUUAUGAAUGUGGCACGUGCCAAACUGGACCUAAUUAAGCCUGAGGAGGUCAACAUGGAUGAAUAUGAGAUGUGGCAUCAGGCGUACCGGAAUUUCCGUGAGACGACCAGCUUCAUGGUGACCGGCUUGGAGCUCUUUCAGAAGACAAAUUACAUGGAGGCUCUGAUGUAUCUGAUUUACUCGUACCAGUACAACAAGGAGCUUUUGUCUAAAGGGCUGUACAGAGGGCACGAUGAGGAGCUUCUUGGCCAUUACCGUCGCCAGUGUUUGCUGAAAUUAAACGAGCAAGCGGCUGCCAUGUUUGAGUCCGGAGAAGAACCGGAGGUGACCACAGGCCUUGGCAUCAUGAACGAGCUGGUGGUGCCCUGCAUCCCUCUGCUGCUGAUCCACGACGCUGAGAGGGACCUGCUGGCAGUGGAGGACAUGAGGAACCGCUGGUGCUCCUACCUGGGCCAAGAGAUGGAAUCCAACCUCCAGGAAAAGCUGACCGACUUCCUCCCCAAGUUACUGGACUGCUCGACGGAGAUCAAAAGCUUCCACGACCCUCCCAAGCUGCCCACCUACUCCACCCUGGAGCUGUGUGAACGAUUCAGCCACAUCAUAGCCGCCCUCUGCAGGGUGCCCACCAAGGGGAGAUGAGCUCAGAGGGACGGCCAGACACCUCUCCUGUAUCACAGGCCCGACCCUGGGCAGAAAUCCAUGGACCUCUCUUAACCCAUGCCUUCCUUAUAAAUCCAGGGGUCACUCGCUUCUAGCUGUUAUUCCUCUGUUACUCUUUUUGCUGCUAUAGGUUUUAUCAUUCUAAAUAUUAGUUCACUUUUAUUUUAAACAAAACACAACAGAGGGAGGAGGAGGAGGAGGAGGAGGGGACGGACUGUUGGGAGGGAAUAAAGAAAUGAGAGAGGAGAAGUUGAUGAAAAACAGUGGCAAUCCUGCAGUGGUUGAAAGCCAAGCACAUUCUGCUUCAGCUUUGCAAAAAAAACAAAAAAAAAACAGUUUGAGGGUUUUUCAUAGUUUAUUAUUGUUGUUGUUGCUGUUUGAUUCAAGCUUCCCCAACCACGCUCAUAGUCCUUUCUAAAGCACCCCCUCUCUGCGUGAAAAAAAGGAUCACCCCGCUGCUCUGCCUCCAGUUUGGUACAGUAUUACCACGUCUUGUUUUAUUUUUCUAAGGAAGUAAGGAAGAGAGCCUUCAGAUUUAUCAGCGGCUCAGAGUAUCUCAAAUGGGUCUCAUGUCUUUGUGGACUGCGCCAGAUUGAGAUGUUUUAAGUGCUGUGGUAGACAGCCACGGACUUCCUGUGGCUUGUUAAUAAAUCGAGAGAAUAAAAUUUUAUUUAUGGCCCUUUUAGGCCAAAUAAACAGAUCUUUUGCCUGAUGUUGAUUUUUACGUGCACAACAAUAACUUCUGCAGACGUUAUUAUUUACAUUGCACGUAAGAAGUGAAAUAUUCCCUUUCAUUUGAGACAUUAAAGGGACACUUCACCCCAAAGUCAAAAAUACAUAUAUUCCCUUUUACUUGUAGAGCUAUUUAUCCAUCACGAGGCUCGUGACGGUGCACAAUGUAAAUGUUAAUGUUAAUAGUGUCCUUCUCGGCUGAGCUGUGACGUUAGCUAGCUCACCUAGUACCACUGAGAUAGUACCAUAGUUACAGUUUGGCAUGUGUUGUUUGGUAGAAAGAAAAUGGUUCCAACACCACAACAAAUUCUGAGGAUUAUCUUGAGUAACCAGUUUGAUGAUUUCUGGCAAGAGACAUUGCUGUUGAAUUUUUCAAAUGUAUUUUUCUGGUGCUUUGAGCACCACAAGCAGAGUGCCAUCUGGUUAUUAUACUGGAUUGAAGGCAGACAUCUCUACAGCCGAUAUUUCCAAAACACUAACACCAAAAUAAUCUGGAUGGAUAAAUAGCACUACAGGUAACAGGAAAAAUAUGUAUGUUUGAUUUUGGGGUGAACUGUCCCUUUAAGGUUAUGGGCAGCAACUGGCAGACAGCAAGGUAAGUAGAGGUUCAGCGUCCUGCUGUGUGAAUCAAACCUGAGAUCUUGGUCAGAACAGUCUCAAACCUGUUCUCCUACUGUACUAAGGCGGCUGGUAUUAUGCAGUUUAUUAGAAUCUGACUUUAAUUAAAGUGGGGGCACAAACUCCAAAGCAUCCAGCAUGUGUCCAAAAUAAUAAAAAUACAAAACAGACUCGAUUGUAGCUGCUCUGAAAUGGGUUGUUUUUUUUUUAUGAUGCAAUUUUGGACUAAUUUCCAGGAACACUGAUCACUACUAACAGCCCAUGUGAUAAAGGCAGGAAGCAUUUUCAGAAGCAUUUUUCUUAAACGUUGCUACCAGCAUUGUUCAGAUCAUAAAAUGAAAUUCAGCUUUGAACAUUGUUUUGAAUAUGCUGUGCCAUGUUUUGAAUUUCACUCCAAGCUAUAAUUCCGAAUCAUUAAAACUAAUCACUCUAGUCUGGAA